GUUGGCUUUGCUGCUAACACACGUGUGGUCGAGAACCAACGAGCGAUAAAAAAAAAGGCCAGACUCAGCCGCUCAAACAGCGCACGCCGCCCGGCGCCAGCUGAACGGCAUGCUGCGUCUGCACGCCGGCGCCAGCACCGUUGCUUGCGCUCCCGCCACGCCGCUGCCGCGCCAGGUCACGCCCCGGCGGGCAGCGCGCGGGCGCCGUCUCGGGCCGUGCAGCGCGAAGAAGAAGAAGAAUGCAGCGAGCGAGGACGAGGACGAGGACGACCGGCGGGCGGGAGGCGGCGGCGUGCUCUCCAGGACCGUGCUGCUGCGGGCCGGCGUCGCGCUCUUCGCCCUCGGCUUCGUCGACGCCGGGUACAGCGGCGACUGGUCUCGCAUCGGCGCCAUCUCCAAGGACACCGAGGAGCUGCUCAAGCUGGGCGCCUACGCCGUCGUGCCGCUCUCUAUGGCCCUCGUGUUUUCGUUAUCCGAAGAUCACAGCGACCGUAAACCUUAGGAUUUGAGAAAAGCGAAGAGUGUUGGAUCGUUUUUCGUGUUCCGGAAUAUGCAGCUACAUCGAUGUAUAAUACUACAAGUCAGGUUUACCAGUUUCUUUUCUCUGAAGAUAAAAAACGAAUAAGAACUUCAGUAUCAUUGUCAA